AUGGCGUAUGGCUUGCCAAGAAAGAACACAGUGAAAACUCUUUUGGGGGGCGGUUGUUUUAAUGUACAGGAAACUUGGGAUCUUGUGCUGCUUACAAAGACCUGGUAUGAGAACUUAGCCAAGAUCAGGUUGCCUUUCUUAGAAGAAAUUACCUUUGGUAGUCCUAUACAACUCAUAAAAUGUAACACCUUUAAGAAUGGUCUGCUCCCCUCAGCAGAAACCAUCAAAAUUGAAAGGAAGCAUGAAAUGAAGCGCCUAAAAGACCUCAAAUGUCAGAAAAAAUUAGCUGAGGAAAUUCAGUUUUCCCUAAGGGACAAGCCAAUGGGUUUGAGAAGACCUCUUCCACCUAAGUGA